GUGGCCUCCAUUCCUUUUGCACGCCUUCCCCCAAGGACUGCCCUUUUCAAGUCUGUGACCCGACCUCACCACCACCACCACCACCAAGCCCUCAAUUUCUACCCACCUACUCGUCGACGACUUUUCGCCGCUCUGCAGGCAGUCAAUUGCUUCGUCUCCUCUAAGAUAUCCCUGCCCGACCUUGCCUCCCUCUCGCCGUCGAUCCUCUCUGCACUCUGCCGCGAUCCCGAACCCCCCCAAUCGCAGCUCUUGUGGCACCCCAGUAUUUUAUCCACCUCAUCCCUGAUACCUCGCUCGUUGGAGCUCCUGCGCUCGUUCAUCGCCCACCGUGUCUCGACACUGAACAGACAUUCAUUUGACUGUGCGCGUCGCUCUAGCGAGGCUGGACUUUUGACCUCUGACUUCCUUGCGAACUCCCCCUGUACUCUGGUCCGACGAGGGCCCCGAGCGGCACGAUGUCGACCGACUUGACGGGAGAGCAGAUGCAGGCCAAAAUCACAGCUGCCAGGAGAGAAGCAGAGGGCCUCAAAGAUAGAAUUAAGCGCAAGAAGGAUGAUUUGGCCGAUACGAGCUUGCGACAAGUCGCCCUCAACAACACAGAAGCCUUGCCUCGGAUAGGAAUGAAGCCUCGAAGGAAUCUCAAGGGCCAUCUCGCAAAGAUCUACGCCAUGCACUGGUCAACGGAUCGCAGGCAUCUGGUAUCGGCGUCUCAGGAUGGCAAGCUCAUUAUCUGGGAUGCCUAUACCACCAACAAGGUCCACGCUAUCCCCCUCCGUUCCUCUUGGGUCAUGACCUGUGCCUAUGCCCCUAGCGGCAAUUAUGUCGCCUGCGGUGGUCUUGACAACAUUUGCUCAAUUUACAACCUCUCCACGAGGGAAGGCCCGACGCGUGUGGCUCGCGAACUAUCCGGUCAUUCUGGAUACCUGUCCUGCUGUCGUUUUGUCAAUGACCGAAAAAUCAUCACCUCGUCGGGUGAUAUGACCUGCAUGAUGUGGGACAUUGAGACAGGCUCCAAAGUCACCGAGUUUGCGGACCAUUUGGGCGACGUGAUGAGCAUCAGCAUAAAUCCAACAAAUGCCAACAUUUUCGUGAGCGGCGCCUGCGACGCCUUUGCCAAGUUAUGGGACGUUCGAACUGGAAAAGCUGUUCAAACAUUUGCCGGGCAUGAAUCUGACAUUAACGCCAUCCAAUUUUUCCCGGAUGGGAAUGCCUUCGGAACUGGCUCGGACGAUGCCUCGUGCAGGCUGUUCGACAUCCGGGCAGAUCGAGAACUAAUGUCUUACCAGAAUGAGCAAGUUCUCUGCGGCAUCACUUCUGUCGCUUUCUCGGUUUCUGGCCGAUUACUCUUCGCAGGAUACGAUGACUUUGAAUGCAAGGUCUGGGAUACCUUGCGUGGUGAUAAGGUCGGUUCAUUGAACGGUCAUGAAAACCGAGUCAGUUGCCUUGGAGUCAGCAACGAUGGGAUCAGUUUAUGUACUGGCUCAUGGGAUUCUCUUCUCAAAAUCUGGGCAUGGUAGAAAUGGCUUUGGGAGAAGGAUAUACUUUGUUCCAACAGCGGCAAUUUGACUCCAAUGUCAUUCGAAGGGGCGGGAACCAUCAACAAAAUCGCCUUUUUGUCAACGAUCCUAUCGACAGCUUCUGACGAUUUCCUUUUUCUCGUCCGCAACUUGACUGUCGCGCGAACCCGAGGGCUCAUUUGCUUUCUCACCAACCCCUUAAAAAUCUUUUACUGGAUAGGCUUUUCUCGUGUGUGGGCAUUUCGAAGGAACUGGAGGAGGGAUCGCUGAUUUGCUUAUGUUGUCCUCCAAGACAUUGGCAAGACACACCGCGCACGUUGUUUCCAAUCCACGACUCUUAUGACCGGACAUUGGUGCGAGUGGAGUUCAUUACUGUUCUCCUGUUUCGUGUCUAAUCUUGACAAACACAAUUUUCAAGCUCCUCUUGUUUGCCACUCUACAGCAGAAAGUCAGCCUUGCUUGCAGAUCUGGCGAGCGAACUGCAGUGCAAAAAAAAGGGAAACCCCCAAAAUGUGAAACCCGGAUAUCGGCCAUCUCAUUCCAUCGUUCUUCUGCGCGCGGUGUCUUCCCAAGAUGAGAGGGGGAAGACCGAAAUGAGUUACGUGGAAAGAGUGGAAGCGAGGCACAAGUAUCAGGGGGAGAUGUUAUAGAUGCUGAAAGGGAUUCAGCAAUGGCGAGCACGCGACCAUAAAAAAAGUUCUCGAGUCCAAUGUUUUUGCGAAUGCGAAUCGAUCACAGCGAGUGCCAGGGUUUGUUCAACUUGCAACGGAAGGGAGAAGGGAAGGGAAAGGCAGGAGGAGUCUGUCUGUCCGUCUUAUCAGUCUUGUUUGCGCUUUUGCUAAUGGCGGGGCCUUUCCCGAAUUCCAUCUUCAGUGUCUUGCUAUCAAACUCCUGUCCUCUUUUCUUCUCCCAUGGCGCACUCGGCGGCAAGUCCCCGCGCCCGUCACGUUCCCACGGCCCGUUUCUGGACUCUGGAAUUGUAAAGCCGGGCGAAUGCGCCCGCUGGCUGUCUUCGCGAAGGGCAGAUCGAUUUGCCGCCCUCUCCUUCCACCUCCCCAGCGUCGGAAGAAGUUUCUGCGCUCGGGAAUUACAUGGACUGACUGAAGUGGGUUUACACUGACUGCGGGGGAUGAAACGGAUGGGAGUUCAACAUGCAAUUGCUGCUGUAGUUGUAUAUCUGUACACGCCAUGCCGAUCCGCUUGCUCCAGAGACCUCAAACCUAUCACGAGAAUCAAAGGCUCUGCAAACCAUAGAACAAGUACGCCGUAUAGAAUUGUCCCUGCAAUGGACCCCAGUGCACCCGAUGCCGUGCAUGGCAUUCGAGCGAACGGGGACUCGAGAGAUUCUGACAUCCC